CACGUUUCAGGGCCUCUACUUGUCAGGCGGUCUAGAGCGACAAAGCUUGGAGGAAUUGGAUUUAUCAUCGGUUCCCCUCCAUCCCAAAACAACUACAACAAUGAAAAUCAUUUCCGUAGCUUGCUUGCAGGACAAUUACGCUUACUUGAUUCUUGACGAGAUCACCAGAGAUGCGGUGGUUGUGGAUCCAGUAGAACCGGAGAAGGUUGUCGAUGCUGCCAAGCAUCAUGGUGCCCAACUCAAGAUCGUUCUUACUACUCAUCACCACUGGGAUCAUGCCGGUGGGAACGAUAAGAUAAAGCAACUGGUGCCAGGUAUCAGAGUUUACGGUGGUUCUAUAGAUAAUGUGAGGGGUUGCACUGAUAAAGUUAAUAAUGGCGAUAAGUUGUCACUUGGUGCUGAUAUUAACAUACUGUGUCUACAUACACCUUGCCACACGAAAGGUCACAUAAGUUACUAUAUAACUGGCCAUGAACGAGAUGACCCUGCAGUUUUCACGGGAGACACACUGUUUGUUGCGGGUUGUGGAAAAUUUUUUGAAGGGACAGCGGAGCAGAUGUAUCAAUCGCUUUGUGUAACUUUGAGUUCAUUACCAAAACCAACUCGUAUUUACUGUGGUCAUGAGUACACUGUGAAGAACUUGCAAUUUGCUCGAACAGUCGAACCAAACAAUGCAAGUAUACAUCAGAAGUUAGAAUGGGCUUAUAAACAACGGGGAGAAGGCCUCCCCACUGUACCCUCAACCAUUGAGGAAGAGAUGGAGACGAAUCCGUUUAUGCGGGUGGAUCAACCAGAGCUGCAGAGUAAGGUUGGUUGUGGAUCUCCUGUUGAAGCUCUACAGGAAAUAAGACGGUUGAAGGACAACUGGAAGGGCUAAACAGGAUACUUGCUAUACUUUGCAUUCCCCUUUUGUGGGGUAGGAAAACACUUGAAACUUCUAUAUCUUGUGGGUGGCCUGUGCUGGCUCACUUGGUUUAGUAUUAAACUUUGGUAGAUUAUGUAACAGGUCAUGUUAGUCUGGGUUGAUGAAACACUCAUUUGAAUAAUUAGGUACUCGAGACAUUGUCGUGUAUGCUGUCAUUCCAAAAGGAGAAAUGCUUCUGUCAUGGAUUGUGUUUUUCUCCUCUUGCUAUAUUUGAAGACAUUAUUUUUAGUCA